GGGGAGCGAGGCUCCGCCCCCCUGGACAUCGACAACAUCCACAUGCUGCUGCAAGUGGAGCAAGAACAGAUCCAGAAGAGGACUUUCACCAACUGGGUCAACGCCCAGCUGGCCAAGAGGAGGCCUCCCUGUAUGGUGGCGGAUCUCUUCAAUGACCUCCGUGAUGGAUCCAAACUGCUGGACCUGCUGGAGGUGAUGAGCAACCAGCGCAUCAGCCGCGAGCGAGGAAGAGGAACGUUCCAUCACAGGAGCAACAUCGAGAAGGCCCUGGCCUUCCUCAGGCAGAAAUCAAUCAAACUGGUCAACAUCAACAUUCCCGACAUCAUCGAUGGCAAACCCUCCAUCAUCCUGGGCCUCGUCUGGACCAUCAUCCUCCAGUACCACAUCGAGGAGCUGGCCAGCGUGCUCUCCUUCAACUCCCGCCAGUCCUCCAUGGAGUCUCUGGCCAGUUUGGACUCUCGCUCCACGUUGUCCUGCGGCAGUCCCGUCCCCCGCAAGGGCUCACCGCUCCACGCCCGUUUCAGGGUGUCGGCUAAGAAGGCCCUCCUGCUGUGGGUGCGCGAGCAGUGUCACAAGGCCGGCUGUUCCGUCAACGUCAAGGACUUCAAGGGCAGCUGGCGGAGCGGCGUUGUCUUCCUGGCCAUCUUGUACGCCCUCAGGUCGGACCUGGUGGAUCUGUCCAAGGCCAGAACCAGGAGCAACAAGCAGAACUUGGAGGAGGCCUUUCACGUGGCCGAGAGAGAGCUGAAGAUCCCGCGGCUGCUGGAGCCCAAUGAUGUGGACGUUCGGGAGCCGGAUGAGAAAUCCAUCAUGACCUACGUGGCCCAGUUCCUACAGUACUCCAGAGACCUGCCCAUCCCCGAGGAGGACGUUCAGGCGACACCAGACCGUAAGGCCCAGGAGGUGUCGUGUUGGCUGCUUCAGGCCUACGAAGAGCUGCUGGAGGGCUGGAACUCCACUGAGGACGAGACCUACUCGGAGCGUUACCAGGUGUUCCAGACCUUUCUGGUGUCUUUCAAUGAGCAGCGACGUCCCAUCAUGCCUCUGCUGACCGCCAUGAGACGAAGCUCCAAGCUGAGCGAGGAGCAGCGAGCCCUUCGGGAGGCGUGGGAUGCCCUCACAGAAAAGCUACGCGAGUACAAAAUAGAGUUAGACGUGAGGCUGCCAGCCCCUCUCGACCUGGUGGCACGAUGGCUUCUGAGAACCGAGGCGGUCCUGGCCGAGGAAGAGGGUGACCCCCUGGACCAUGGCCGGGCUGCGGACGAAGCCAAGGAAAAACAGGAGCAGCUCAAGGUCUGCCAAGAGGAAAUGCCCCAACAAUUGAAGACUUUCCAGGCUUUCCUGAACCAGGAUGUGUACGGAAACAUGUUGGUCCCCGCUGAAAAGAUGGAGGAGCUGAAGAGAAGAUUCACCGGUGUAAGAGUGAGCGCAAAGUACCAUGGGAUCAAGCUGGAGUACCUUGAGCACCGUCACACUGUUUUGGAUUUGCUGGGGCAGAUCUGGACCAAAGUCCGUUUAUGGAAGAAGCCUUAUCUCUCUCCAGAGGCAAUCAGAGUGCUGCUGCAGGAAUGGAAUGAUCUAGUAAACAAUCGAGAGAUACCUUCUUUGUUGGAAGCAGCCCUUCGUAAGUUGAAGCAGGUUACUGAGAAAUACUCAAGCAAGUCUGCCCUCGCUGCCGACUACCCCCAAGUUUGUCAACAAGUGACGCAGAUAGAGGAGGACACGGCAGCAGCUCUGGUGGAGGUGACGUCGGCCAAAAGCGCCUUGGAACGGGUGCUGACCGCCUGGGAUUCUUAUAGUGAUGGGAUCAGCUCCAUGGAGGCGUGGCUCGAGCAGAGCUUAGCCGGUCCCCAGCCAAAGGUGACAUUCGAGUCCUUGGCUGAGUGGGGGUCGCGAUUAGCUCACCUGAGCGAGGUGGCAAACUUUUUGAUGGAGUCGACUGACCCACAGAGCAGCAAGAGCCUGGCGGUGGAGCUGCAAAAACUCAACAUGAACUGGGAAAAAUUCAACCAAAGAAACACUUUGGACAGCACAGACAAGUGCAAUGUUGAUAUUGAGACCAGACCUCAAGACCUUCAGGCUCUGGUCGAGGAGGCGAGUCUCCUUCUCAAAGAACCCGUAGAGACAAUGGCGGGUCCUUUACGCAUCUAUAGAAAAAGAAUACAGUUCAUGCUGAGGAAGAUAAAGGAAGUGGAUCUGGAAGCUCUUGAUUCAUCUUCAGAAGGACCCUCAGAUGAAUUAAAGAAACUAAAGAUGACCAUGCUUGAAGUAAAACACACUCUGUGCGAAGCAGAGAAGGUGUGUGCCGAUUUGCAGCACAGUGUUUCAGGUCUUGACAGUCGCCUCGCUGAGCUUCUACACUGGGAGACUGAGGCCAGGGAUCUAUACCAGCUGCUGAAGGCCUCAGAGCUACGGCAGCAAAGAGGCCAAGAUCCAAGAGCUAAGGUCGCGAUAUCACGUGGGCUCCAGCUGGAAGGUCAGGUGGUGACAGAGGAGCAGGACCUUCAGGUCUUGAUAAAGACACAUCAGAAGAACUCUCCCAUCCAAUGUCUCCAAGCUUCCACCAUACAGGGCCGUGUGCGAGCAACUGUGGCUCACUCACAAGAGGUGGUAGGACUGCUAAGUAGCCUGGGAGCUCGAAGGGACAGAAGCAGGAGCCCUACAGGAGGGCCUCCAUCCAAAGUCUUUAUUCAGGCCAAAGCCAAGCCUCAUCAUCUAAGACAGCUGGGCACUGGUCCACCAACACAGGAGUGUACUACCUUGUCAGAAUUUCAUCCAUCUCAAGAAGCGUUUGUGCCAAAGAUAGUGGUGCAGGAAUACAGAGAAGAUAAAAUAGGUUUACCCCCAGUGUCUUAUAGUUCUGCAGAAGAAGAGAUGCAGACUAGCCCGACACAAGCAGAAGGCCAAACUCAGGCCUGGGCAGUGAUGACGGAACAAGAGCAGACUACAGAGAACACAUGGAUACAGCAGCAACAGCUUAACAGAGCAGAAGCACAAGACCCAAAGUAUUACCAAGCCCAAGCAGAGGUACUAAAAGAAAAAGAGAACACAAAGAAAGAGACACAGAUUCAUAAAGAUGGGGAGCAGCAACUGGAGGAGAUGAAAGGUUAUAAAGAGGAACAGUCUGUGCUAAUGCAUGUAGAGGUUGAAAGAAAACUCACGCAAACAACUGCAGUGCAUGAGCUGACGUCACCAGUAAAGAAACCUCUUGAAUCACAAGAACUUCAAUGCAAAAAGGCCCGGGGCUUGAAGAACCGACCAUGGCUUAAAAAAACAGGAGAACACGAUAUUCAAAGUCCAAACAAAGAUUCUGCCCAAAAAAUAGUUCAGGCUACACAGCCACAGAAGAAUAAAGACAUGAUAGGAUCCACUGAAGUUGUUCAUCACCAUACAGUAACCUCCAGGACACAGCCUGAAACCCAAGACAAGUCUGCUGGUCAGUCAACCAAACGGAAAAAAGUAAAAGAACAGCAGCAGAAACAACAAAUGCCGAUUGUAGUAGCGCAGCCAGAAGAAGGCACAAGGAAUAAGUCAAAGACAGUAGAUCUGCCUCUUCAGCAAACAAACGUCAAAAGUCAGCCCUCAGCAGAAAUGAUGGCUCAGUCACAGGUUCAGCCCCAGCCUCUAGCACACAGCCAAGUUAUAGCUCAAGUUAGGCCUUCAUCUCCCAUCCAGGCUCCUCUGCAGGACAAAAUUCAACCACCUGUGCCUUCCCAUAUUCAGCUUCGUAGUCAUCCACAGUCCUGGUCCCCCGUCAAGCCGCCGUCCCCUAAGCCACCAGCGCAGGCACAAAGUCCGACCCACGUAAUCACUCAUGCACAAGUCUCUCAAGAGACAAUAUUCCAGAUGCAAAGACACCCUCAGUUAACUCAGCCUGAAAACCAAACAAUGCUUCAACCUCAAAGCCAUUCUCCUCUAGAGACUCAGACUCAAAUCUAUGCAGCUCAGCCUCAAACCAGUCUUGCAUCCAUGGCUCGUGCUCAAACCCACCCCUUGUCAAAAACACAGCCUGUGACCCAGUCCCAAGUCAAACCUCAAACCAUGGCCAAGAUUCAACAAAAUGUUCAGCCCAAGACCCAGAUUCAGGCCCCUGUCCAUGCAAAGACUAAACCCCAAAUCAGUCUUGGGUCUACGGCUCAUGAGCAAACACAAUUUCAGGAAAUGACACAACCUCAAAAAUUCGCUAAGCCAAAGCCCAUAACAGUGGUUCAAACCCAUCCUCUGUCCAAAGCCCAGUCUCAAAGCUGUGUUUACGCCGGGACCCUAUCACAUGCAAAAACGGAGACUGUGGACGAAAUCCAACCCGAGUCUUUCACACUUACUCAUGUUCAAUCUACAGAACAGUUUCAAACACUUCCCCUUUUGAAAAUUCAGCCAAGUCUUACACAACCUUUGACUCAACAAUAUCCUCAAGGUCAACCAAUAUUCCAGCCUCAGGGACAUUCUUUGACUCAAUAUCAUGCACACUCUCAGUCAGCAGUACAACACCAAGGCCAUAUUGCCCCGGGCCACCUACCCGCUUGGACCGAUGUUAGCAGCUCUUCCUCAAAGUCGAUGACACACCCACAAACUCCAGUGCAGCCAGUGGUUUACCUUCAAAAUUACUCCAAUGCUCAGCAGUGGGCUGCGAGGCAGGAGCCACAAAAUAGUGACAUUGUCCGGCAAAUGCAUCACAUUCCUCAACCUUUCACUCAGCAAACAGGUCAAGCUCCACAGUUUCAGGCUUCACAAGCACCGCAAGGGCCUCAAGGUGCUCAUCCACAAAGACCUCAAAUGGGUCCCACAGGGUAUUCUAACAUGAUACAAUCAUAUAAUCAGUCUCAGAUGCAGAUACACUCGCAACCUCAACCCCAGACUCAAACCCUGUCACAAAUAAGGCCCCAAAAUCAACAACCGUCACAGAUGCAAGUGUAUGAUGUGACUCUAAUGCAGACACAACAUGGCCAGAGUGAGCAACCAAUGUGGAUGCAGGUACAACAUUUACAAUCCCACUCUUCUUACCCCCAGGCUCAGCAAUAUCCAUCACCUGAGCAUGUUAAUAUCCGCGCUCAAAUACCACAACAACUACAACAAACUGAUGUAGUGUAUCCUCCACAGCCUCACCUUCAACCUCGUCUACAGGUCCAAUCCCAACCUCACAUUCAGACACAAGCACAUAUGCAGCCACAGUUUCGCCAGCUUAAUCCUCAGUUUUCUCCACAAUUCAGAUCAAUAGCUCCAACACCAAGCCAACCCCAGACUCAAUCACUGUCGCAAUGUAUGCCUGAACCACAGCUCGCACAACAAUCUAAAGUUCAGCCAUCCCUCCAACCCAAACCUCAGUUUCUGCCCUUAUAUAAACCUGAACUGCAGCUGGUUCAUCAAGCCAUUGUCCAGCCUUCCACUCAAACCAACGCUAAAUCAAUGCCACAAUGUAAACCUGAACCCCAGAUAGCCCCACAAUUGAAAACUCAGCCACCAACCCAACCCAAAGUCCCAACACUGCCACAAUAUAAACCCGAAGCCCAGCUAGCACCACAACCACAAGUUCAGCCUUAUACUCAAACUCAAGCCCAAUCACUACCUGUGUAUAUACCUGAAUCCCAGCUGGCUCAUCAGGCUAAAUAUGUAUCAUCAACACACAGCAGUGUUGGAUCAAUGCCACAACCUUCACCUGAACUCCAGUCACCACAACUCAAGAUUCAGUCACCAACCAAACCAGCUGCACAAUUACAACUAAAGGUCCUAAAAUCACCUGAACCCAUGUCUCAUCUGCAGCCACAACCUCCAAUUCAAUCUGCUCCUCAAUCUACACAAAAGCCAACCCAUGCAAUCAUCCAUUCCCAGGUGUGUGUUUUGCCUCAGUCCCAGGCAGAAUCACCAGACCUCUGCUUGACACCACCUGUCCUUGCUCAAGCACCUCCCCAAGCCUAUUCUGAGGCCUAUGCUAAGGCCCAGGCUUUGGCUAGAAACGGCUUUGAGGAGGCUAAGCACUGCCUCCAGGGGCACAUCCUGGAGGCCAUCACUAUCUUCAAAGAUAAAUGUAUACCAGAUGGACAGGCAUCAGCGACAGAUACUCUGAAAACCCUGGAUCCAGAGUUACUGGAGGAAUUCCUAAGAGCAGCAAAGGGCAUGGAAGCCUUCUGUACACCUUUACAGCUCAAAGACAUGGACACCUUCACUCAGUCUGUCAGGUCUCAGUGGGAGUCUUGCUUCUCAGCUGAGUGCAGACUCCAAGCAGGCAACCAUUUGGAGACCUUAAAAGAGUUGUGUGACAUGCUCAGUCCAGAGGACGCUCAUCGUCUAGCCCACACUCAGUUGAGGGAGUGUGAGAGUAGCUUGGCUGCCAUCCAGCGCCAAUUCAGUGGAGACCAAGAAGCCCUACUGCCUGAUUCAAGGAUUCCUGUUGCAUUCAAUGACGAUCAGACCCCACAAAAAGAAACUGAAAGUGGUAAUCCAUCAAUUUCAACUGAGGCGUCACAGAUGAAAAUCAUAGCAGCAAGUGUAGAGCAAAAAACUGUUAAAAAGCGGCCCCCAGUUGUGGAAGAAGUCAUCAAAAAGGAAGCUUUAGAGAGAUAUGAAAACUGCAAGAAGUCUCUGCAAGUCCAGCUGUCUAAAAAUGAACAGAGCAUCAGCGAUGUUCCCUCAGACUCUGGGACUCUAAAAGGUCUUCACACUCGCCUUCAAGAAAUUCAGUUCUUGAGGCAGGAGACGACAUCUCUGUGGUCUGAGUUUGCAAACCAGUGCUCCCACUUGAGUGAAGACGCUGGUCUGGAGCAGGAGAAAUCAGAGCUUGAGGAUCAGUGGCGGGCUCAACAGUCCAACCUUCAGAGGAGAGGCAGCUCACUGGGUGCUGCUCUUCGACAAAUUGACUCAACAGAGAACCACAUGGUGGAUUUCAGCGACCGCUUGGACCGUUACCUUAGACAACCCAAAGACAUCACUGCCUUCACACUGGCCAACACCAACAUCCUGAAAGACAUCAAGGAACUGGAUGAAAAUAUCCAGAGUGAACUGGAUCAGCUUUCACGUCUGGAGCCUGAAUCCAGCAACCUUGAUCCCAGAGACUGCCUACCUCUCUCCCGUGAGGUAGAAGCCCACAGAAACAGCCUGGAUCAGCUUCGGCAACAAGUUCGCAAGAGUGAGGCGGCUGCUCGCGCUCUUGACCGCUUCCUCGUGUCACUUCGCACCUUAGAGGAGGACAUCGCCGGAGUCCAGGGAGCCCCCUGCAGUGACACUGUGGCUCUGCAAGACUGUCGCGCCAAGCUCGCUCUUAUUAAACAGAGUGUGGACAGUCUGAAAGACAAGGCGCCACAGCUAGAUCUGCUGUUGCAGGGGGCUCGGCUGACGGUCACAAAGGAUGGUUCUCCUGCCUCCUGUCUAGACAUGGUAAAUGUCUUCUUGAAGAAGCUGGGGGAAGCUGAUAGCGGACUUGUAGGUCAGCAGCAGAGCCACAAGAAGGGAAACCAGAGCAAAUCUUUGGGAUUGAGGAAGAGGACCCUGUUGGGAGAAGUGAGAAAGCUCCAGGACACCAUCGAAACACGAGGCCUAACUGAGGCGUCCAUGCCAGCCGUGCAACAGAGACUUCGGGCUCUGUCUGAUUUGGAUGACCAGCUGCAGACUCUGAACUCAGAGCUCCAAAUUCUCAGGGACCUUCCGGAGUGUCAAGGAGAAGGUCCAAAUCCCCUCGAGGAGCUAGACACUCAAUACAAGCAGACUAAAACAUCUUUGACUGACAGGAAGCAGCAGUGCAGCAUCCUGAUGGAGCUGCUGAAGAAGUUCCAAAGCUAUCGCAGUGGGCUGAGUAACACCAUGCAGAGAGCCGAGCAGAUCAUCAGUGAGCAAGCCUCGUACCUGGGCAAAGACAACCUUCAGAGGAUCAUAACCAAGGUCCAGGACAUUAAGAAGGAGCUAAGUGGCCUCGGUGAGCAGAUGGAUGAGUUCAGGGGAGUUUCUAAGCAGCUGCAGUCUACACUGAAGAAGUUUCCGGACUGCAGAGAGGCUCCAUUUGAGACUGAGGCUGACAUACUGAUGGACAACUGGCUGGAUAUGACCGAGAAAACAGACUCAUACAUGGACAACCUUAAGGUGGGCCUGGAACUGUGGGAAAAGCAAUUGAUGUUGGGGGGAGAGAUUGAUGGCUGGGUGGCCACCAAACUGUCACUCUUUGCGGAAAGCCACCCCUUCCACAAACAGGAGCAAGUUGUGGCAAUGAAGGAAGAGGUCCAGGCCCAUGAGGAGAACAUUGAUAAUUUCCACAAGAAGUCUGAGGAGAUCCAGGAAAUGCUUCAGAGUCAGGAUGCACCACUUGAACUGCAAGUGAUGGAAACACAGCUGAGGAAGAGGAUGGAACUGGUGAAGGAGCUGUUUGCAGGCUGCACCGACGUCUUUGAGGAGCUGAUGAUGGUGAAGAAACAUUUUGCGGAGAAAAUUGCAGAGUGCCGGUCAGCUCUUGACAACAUUCACUGGUCUAUCGUUGACAUCCAAGCCUCAGUACCAACAGCGGAGACCCAGAUGCAGGAUCUAGAGGCAGGCCUAGAGGACCAGGAGAGGCAGGCUGAGUCCGUGCUGAAGGAGAUUGCUCUGGUCUCCAGUGUGGCGAGUCCACAGGUGCUGGAGACUCUUUCGGAAUACUGCGAAAGCCUGAGAGAUAAGAUCUUCCACGUCAAGGACACAUUACAAGAGAAGAGAGAGGAGCGGGAAAAAGGCUUCUUCAAGGCCUAUUUAGAUAAGAGGCAGGCAUUUGAGGACUGCUUCCAGGACGACCAGCAGGAGGUCAACGAGAACCCAGAGAGUAGAUUGGAUUUAGAAACGUCUUUGCAGACAGUGACACGCUGCUUGAAGACCAAAAAUUCAGAGCGACAUCUGGACCAGCUGAAGAAUGAUCUAGACAUCGGCCGCCAACAGAUUGAUGCUGAACAGCUGACCGAGCUCGACAACUGGCUGAAAGAGAAACGCGAGGAGGUGCUCACGUUUUACAGCCACUGUUUGAACAAGCAGAAACAGAUGGAGUGUCUCCAUGCAGACUUAUGCGGUCUGCAGACACAUCAUGAUAGCCUCCAUGAGUGGCUGCAAGACAAAGAGAAACAAAGUACAACCCCUGUCAAAGCCAAACAUCUCCUCAAGGACCUCCAGGAUGAAAGCCAAAGAGCGGACGCCGUCAUUGAGCUCCUUGCUUCAGUGCGCCGCCAGGGCAUUAAAGCUGACCCGCUCGUGAAGGACAGCGACGACCUAGUACAGCGCUACCGAAAGCUGGAAGCCAGGCUGCAGACACAGGCGGAGGCCCACGACAUCUUGGAGGGGGGACUGGAGCAGUUUAUGAGCCAGGCUGAGAGGACCAAAGGCUGGUUUAAAGACCACCUACAGCCUUUUACCUUAGCAGAUGGAGACAAGCAGUGCAAGGAGAUGAGCCACCAAGCAAAGGCUCUUCUGAGCACAAAACCAGAGGGAGACUCCAAGGUGAACCAGCUGCGAUGCCUGAGCCAGAGUCUUUGCGAGCAGGAGCAGUUGGAGCAGAGCGAGAAACAGCAAGUCCAGCAGACGCUUCGAGACGUGGAGGACGAAUGGCAAGCUGUCCUCCAGGCUGCUGAAGAUACUUUAAACGAGUCGGAGAAGCAGGCUCGCCUACGCCAAGAAUUGGAUGCUUUCAGAGUCCAGAGUGACAGCUUGCAGUCCUGGAUCAGCGACUCUGCUGAGGACAUUCAGUCUCCUGGAGGUUGCACGGAUGAAAAGCGGCAUGACAUUCUGCUCACUAAAACAGACUUAGGGUCUAAGCUCCAGAACCUUAAGGAGCAGGGCGAGAGUCUGUGCAACAGUGUGGACUUGGAUGAAGGCUUUCGAAAGGAGAUCCAGGACACAAUAAGACUAAGAGAAGAGCAGUGGCAGACGGUAACGAAGGCUGCUGAGGAGAUGGAGACCGCAGCCGCUGCCGACAAGGAGGUUGCUGCACUCCGAAGUCGCAUCGAGGCCACCCAGUCUUGGAUCAGGGAGCAGAGGCACAAGCUGCUGUCGCUUGGAAGUCACAUGCUGCUCCAGGAAAGACUGCAAGUUACACAGGCUGUUAUGGCUUCCGAACAUGAGGGCCAAUCAAAAGUUUUGGACUUGAAGAAGGAAGAGGAGAACCUGGAUGCGAGCAGAAGGCCCGAGGUGACACAGUUGGUGUUAGACCUGGAGCAGCAGUGGAGGUCCGUCCUGCAGACGUGCAAAGAGGCUGAAUUGCGAGGUUUCGCUGACGACUUUGAGACUCAGAGUAAGACCACGCAGUCAUGGGUGAGGGAGCAGGAGAAGAAGCUGCAAUCUGUCAGCGUCCACGCUCCACCUGAAGAGAGAUGUCGCACAGUCCAGGAUGUUCUGCAGUCCAAACCUGAUGGUGACUGCCAGGUGAACAACCUGAGGAGGCGGGGCCAGAGUCUUUGUGACCGUCAGGACGUAGAGGAGGGCAGAAAGUGUCAAGUCCAGCAGACGGUCCAAGACACUGAGGAGCAGUGGAGGGAGGUUCUGCAGGUCGCCAGAAAGCUGAGAGAGGAUAUAGGAGCUCAAAUGAACCAAGAGAUGGAGAGGAGAGUUUUGCAGCUGACAGAAUUCAAAAGCCUCCAUCAGGAAACCAACCACUGGCUCUCAGACCUCCAGCAACAGCUGGAUUCUCUAACCAGUCAAUCAACAGAACAGGGAAGACUACACGCCGCACAGACCAUCAUGGGCUGCAAGUCUGAGGGGGAUAUUAAACUUCAAGAGAUGAAGAGACGCUACCAGAGUUUAUGUGCAGAGGAACUCGAGCAGCACCAAAAAGCGGAUCUUGAGCGGAUCGCACGGGACACACAGGACCAGUGGACCACCGUCCUCCAGAGUGCCAAAGCGACGCUGAAUGUGUUGGAGAAGCAGAGUGCUCUAAAGUGCCAACUGAGGGAGCACAAAGAGGCCAGGGAAGAAGUCCAUACCUGGCUGGAAGAACAGCAACUGAGCCUCAAUUCCCUCAAUUGUCAUAAAGAUCAUGAAGUGACCAUAAACACUGCACAGGCCAUCCUGAGCUCCAAACCCAACAGAGACUCUGAGCUGGCCGAGCUGAAAAGACAAAGCCACAGUCUCUGUGACCACGAGGACGUGGAGGAUGUUGUCAAGCGGGAGUCUCAACAAGCUGUCAGAGACUUGGAGGAGCAGUGGAGGACGCUGCUCCACGAUGCUGAGAACUCACUGAAGAAAGCAGAGGUUCUGUACUCGCUCUCGAGGGAGCUGCAAGCCUUCUUUAGCCAGGCAGCUCGCACUGACACCUGGUUGGAGGAGUUGCAGGCACAGCUUGAGACCACCGGGACAGACACUUUAGGCAGCCAGGUCCAGAUAGAGGACCGUCUGAAUACGGCACAGACCAUCUUGAACUCCAAGUCCAGUGGAGAGACUCGUGUGAUGGAGCUGAAGAGGCGUGUGCAGAAUCUGUAUGAACACAGGGACUUGGAGGAGGACAGUAGGCUGGAGGUCCAAACAAAGCUCAAAAAGGUGGAGGAGCAGUGGAGGACCAUCAUGCAGGCAGCGGAUGAGAGGAGCAGGCUACUACAGACGGUCGUGGGCAACCAGUUGUCCUGUCGGUACCAACAAGGACAAGUGCGGUCUCGUUUUGAGGAGCUACAAACACAGAUUUCCAGUUUGCCUCGCGACUUCCCCUGGCCAGGCUUGGGAGAACGUCGGCAGGUGAUGGAACAAGCCCGGAGCCUGCUGGACAGGAGUGCAGCCCUGGGCCCCCUCCUCUCUGGUUUACGCACCAAGGCUGCAGAACUGUGUGAGACCACCCAGGACUCCGAAUGGGCUGAUUCAACCUGGGGUAGCAUUGAAGAAUCCAUCCCAAUUCUUCUCAAACAGUUAACAGAGGCGCUGGCAAACCUGGAGCGAGGAAUCGUGGCAGAGAGGCAAUGCACUCAGCUUUUGGAACAGCAUGAAGCGGCACAGGACUGGUUGAGAGAGCAGGUGAAAGCCCUGAAAGCGCCUCCAGAUAACAGAAAAGGUCUUCACAGUGCCAUCAACACACUGAAGGCUUUACUCCAGACUGUGGAUAGGGAGCAGAGAGAGAUGAAGGAGCUGGACGCCGCCAGAGAUGAUCUACUCAGCGUCUGCACCCCCGGUGGUCGGGACGCUCUCACCCUGGAGGUUAGCCACCUGCACGAGCUCUGUGCCACCUCUGAGCAUGAUGUGAAGGACCACCUGGCGGCCUGCGAGGCACGCUUGCGGGACCUGGAAUGCCAGGCAGCCCAAAAGACGAAGGAGCUGACGGAGAAAGCAAGUGCUCUGCAGUGGGAGCUGCGAUCUUUGGACCAGGCGCUGGGAUACAAUGAACCACAGGACAAUGUUGAACAGCUCCAACAGCACUGGCACAGCCUGCAGAAUUGUAAAAAGUCGCUCGAGGAAAUCCACGGGAAAGUUGAUCAACUGCAGGAGGAAGUCCAUUCUGCCAAAGAGUUGCCAAUAGAAAUAACCACCACUGCCGACUCUCUGCGCCAACAACAUGACAGUUUGCAGACCAGGCUGAGGGAGCAUAAGCAAAAUUGCUCAACAAAUGCUGCUCGCUGUUUGACGAAUUCAAUCCAAGCACUGCAGGAAUGGACCCACAACCACAACAAGCCUUCAGAAUCCAUUGCAACUGUGCAGGAGGCAGCAGAGGAAGGGGAAAAGAUGCAGGCUAUUCUUCAGGAGGCACUUUCUCAUCAAUUUCUGAGUGACUGUUUAAAGCAGGAUAUGUUUGACAAACUUUCAAAAGACAGUUCAGAAACACUCAGACAAGCAGGGACACUCCAGAUGUCUCUCUGUCACAACUUACAGGAACUUAUGAAAAGGAGUGACCAAAAAACGGAGGAUCAGCCUAUUGAUAUUGAUGUCCAUUCUGAAGAGAAAAAGACAUCUUUGGUGGCACCUCCACGGAAGAACAAACAGUCCAUUAGGAAAAAGUCUCAAGAUGGAUUCCAACAAGACAUUCCCUCAACUGACACAUCUGGACUGGAUCAGGAUGACUCGUCAGUUUCAUCGAGAUCCAGUGAGCAAACUGAUGAUACUGAUUCAGGAAAAAACAAAGAAAUUCCAUCAAGAAAGAAGUCAAAGACCAAGCAAGUAUCCCUGGAUCGUCUUUCAACAGGUGAAAUAGUUCAUGUGGAAACCAAGAAAACUGAACAUGAAUCUAAAAAGACUUCAGUCAGGGGGCAAGAUGAAGCUAAGGUGAUGGAUGAAGGAAAGACAACAUCUGCAGCGACUCCUUAUACCAAUGAUGUACCACAGGCUAAAGAAGGAACAGAAAAGCUUCAUGGUGCCACAACUCUAGAGUUAGUUUCUGUCCGUUCUACAGAAAAAAGCCAAUGCUUGAAAAGUAAGGAACCUCCACCUACAGAAGACAGUACACAAAUAUCCGAUGCAGCUUUUGUGGAAGCAAAGAUCACAUCCAAUAGAAAGUCAACGCUUCUAGAAGACAGAGAACUUGGUGUCUGUAAUGAUUCAAACCUCGACAAAGCAAGAAAAGACUCUGAAAGUGGGGAAGCUUCUGCAGUAGCUCAACUCGUCACAGGAAUUAUUGAGGCAUCUAUGAAAGACAUUGCUUUACCUUCAAAGAAGGACCAGAUAGAACUGGGACAUACUAAAACGUCCUCAGCUUCACAAGCUGUCACAGGCACCCCAGAGGUUGAUAUUGCUAAGGUAGGAAAGAUCUCACCACCCAAAAGAAAGUCAAAGAGUUCUAAGGUUUCUCAAGGGCAGCCUAAAACAAAACAGCAAAUUGUGACAAAAGAAGAAUUAUAUCUGAAACCAAAAGAGAAAAAACUUGUAGGAGUUGAAGAACUUGGCGUUUGUGACGAUUCAAACCUUCAGAAAGCAACAGAAGACUCUAACAACGUUCAGAUAGAACUGGAAAGUACAAACACCUCUUCAACUUCAAAAGUUUUCACAGGAAUCCCUGAAGUUAUUAUUGGAGAGGAAGACAAGAUCCCACCACCCAAAACAAUUUUAAAGAGUUCAAAGAUUUCUCCAGAGCUGCCUAAAAGAGAGGAGCACAUUUUGACGAACAAAGAUUUCUAUCUGGAACCAAAACAGGAAAAACUUGUAGAUGUCAAAAAACCUAAUCUCUGUGAUGAUUCAAACCUCCACAAAGCAGGAAAAGACUCUGAAAGUGGGGAAGCUUCUGAUGUAGCCCAAUUUGUCACAGGAAUAAUUGAGGCAGCUGUGAAAGACAUUGCCUUACCUUCAAAGGAGGAUCAGACAGAACUGAGAAGUACAAAAACUUCCUCAGCUUCAGAAGUUAUCAGAGGAAUCCCUGAAGGUAUUGCAGAAGAAGGAAAGAUCUCACCAUCCAAAAGAAAGUCAAAGAUUUCUCCAGAACUGCCUAAAAGAGAGGAACAUAUUUUGACAGAAGACAAAUUCUACCUAGAACCAAAAGAAGAAAAGCUUGUAGAAGACCAAGAACUUAGUGUCUGCAAUGAUUCAAACAUCCACAAAGCAACAAAAGACUAUGAAAGUGAGGAAGCUUCUGCAGUAGCUCAACUGGUCACAGGAAUCAUUGAGGCCGCUAUAAUAGUGAUUGGUAAACCUUCAAAGAAAGAUGAGAUGGAACUGGACUGUAAAAAAACGUUCUCGGUUUCACAAGUUGUCACAGAAAUCCCUAGAGUUAUUGCGGAGGAAGGAAAGAUAUCACCACCCACGAGAAAGUCAACGGAUCGGAAACUUUCACCCAAACUUCCAUCCAAAGAAAUGAUAGUGCCGACACAAACGUCAUUUGAGUCUAGCGUCAAAAGGCAAGAAGCCGUAACUCCAUGGCCCGUCUAUGCUGUUGGUGAUACAGAUGAUGACAAAGUAAAUCAAGACUAUGAAAGUGGAAAAAACACUUCAGAAGCACAUGCAGUAACAACAACACUUGAGGCUUCUCCUGAGGAUGAAAGAAAAAUCUCACAAGAAAAGUCUGAUAGUCACCAACCUUGCUCUAAUACAGGAAAUGCUGAGACUACUGUGUUUGAGGAAAGUAAACCGAAAAAUGAGGCAGAGACUGAACAGAAGUCUUCUGAUUCCGUAGAGCCGUCUGAGAACAAUAUCACUGAAGUAAUCAGUGACUUGCCAAUUGAAAGACAAGCAAAACAUUUUGAUGAUUCAAAUUCAGAGGUUGAUAAAGAAACAUGUUUUCAGCCUAAGGAGGGUGAACAAGUCGACACACUGGUAAAAGCAAGCAAAACCAAAGAUGAUGUAGGAAAGAUCUCACCACCAAAAAGAAAACAAAAAAGUGGGAAGGUUUCAUCAGAAACUCCCAAAUUGCCAGCUAGGAGAAAGUCCAAAAAUAAUGAUGUUUCCAAAGAGCCAGUUACUGAUGUCAGUGAAGGUUUUGAGACCAAGACUGAUGAUUCAAGACAAGACCCUGAAAGUGAGGGGAAGUCUUCAGUUGAACUGCUGGUAAAAAGUAAAGCGGAUGCGGCUGUUUUGGAAGAUAGAAAGCUCUCGCCGCCAAAAAGAAAGUUAAAGGGUUUAAAGGCUUCAACAGAUGACAUGCACGACGCUAUCAAGAGCCUGCCAGAAGACACUGUUGGAUUAGAAGUUAAGAGCAAGGAUAUAGCUACCGCUGAUGUUAAAACAGAGACCAUGUCAGAUGAGAACACUUCUGAGUUGCAUGCAAAUGCAGCUGAAAAUGAUGGCACUAAACUUCCUCCCUUUGCACAUACUGGUGAGGCGUUUACAGAAAUGAUCUUAAUCGAUCAAACCAUGAUGGCAAUGCAAACUGUUAUUGAGUUGGAACUGUUGGAAACAAGGGAAGAAGUAGUGAAAGAUAAUAAUGUACAGGUACAGAUUUGUAAUGAUGAUGCCACCACAAGCUUGGAAAACCCAUCUGUAUUAUUAGAAAGAAUCCAAGAAAGGGCUGGUGUAGACAUGUUAGAGGUAAAUAUACACAGUCAGGUAGAGGACGGACAGCUCUCUGUUAUGAGCAGUGCUGAACAGCAAGUGAUCCAAAGUGAGUCUGGUCAAUCCAGCUCUGUGGUUUUAACAAAACUUCAGCCAAAUAAAACUGAAUUCAUAGAAAUCGUAUUAUUUGACCCGGCCAUGGAAAAGAAAUGCCAGACUGACAGUCAGGUGGAACUUUCGGAAACCAGCCAAGAAACCGUGGAACAAACAGCCGCCAUAUCUACAAAUAGAAUGCAAGAUACUGCCUUGACCAUUCACAUUGGACCUGAAGUGCAUGUUUUAAAGGUAGAUGUAACAGCAUGUCAAGAGGAACAGGAAAACACACUAGAAACAGGACCAACAAAUGAAAUUGUUCAAAGUAAUAUUCAGUGUGAAAGCCUGCCAGAAAACAAAGACACGUCAGACAAGAGUCUACCUAAGACAGCACUUGAGGAGUUACCAAAAAAACUACAAAUUGUGAUUGAAAGUCAUUCUGCUCAGCUCCCCAAUGUUGAUUCAGAAGAAAAGUCAUGUCAAGCAGAGACAGACACUGGAGGAAGCACCCAAGAGGUCCAGGCCCAAAUGUCUUCAAGUACUGAAGUUGAAAUGGCUUCAAAAAACAAGACUCAAGAGGGGGAGAAAGACAAACCCCCAACAGAAAUGUCAUCAGUGGAAAAGCAAGAAGUAAGCCGCAAAAGACAUGACAACGAGGUUCAAAGUACAGCAAUUAAAGCUAUUUCUGUUGCUUUUGAGCCAGUUCAGCCACUAGAGAGUGGAAACAACAACGACUUUGUUGAAUUAACCCAUGAUAAAGAUCAGUCACAACUAUGUGCUGAAUCCCUUGGACAGGAAGAACUCCAAAUAGGUGUCGGACAAGAGAUGGCGUCACCACAUGAAUCAAUCAGUGAUAUUCAGCCCAUCAUGUCAUUAAUUAAAAUGACAGAGGCAGAAGUUUCAGAAUUUGCUGAACCUCCUUUACACUCUGACUUGGAUACUGUAUCUGAUACUCAAACAGCGGAACAAGUUGAUAAUCCAGCAAGUAGUACAGCUCAGAAUGACAUUGGAAAGGUGGUCAGAUUUGGGCCACAAAAUAUUACCCACACAGACACUCCAACAAGUAACUCAGAGCCAAAUGAAGCGAUCUCUGAGAAUUUAAAUGUUGAUACACUAGAAAAUUCUCCAUUGACGGACAUCUUCUCAGAGAUAAAGAUGGUCACAGAUGCAGGACUUCUAAAGGAGGUUGAAGCGUGUGAGAAUCCUCUAGCAGAACUAAUGACCUCCAGCAGUGACCUUGAUGAUCGCCGGUGUAGGUUAGUGUUAAAACUCCUAAGCUGCAAGAGUCACUCUCCAGAGCUCCAGCCAACAGUUAUGAUCCAGCAGGUUAAGGAGGCUCAGGAAUGUCAAGACAUGGCCCAGGAUCAAGUAUCUCUGCUCUGCCAGCAGAGAGAUGUACAUGCUGAGAACUCAGACUCUUUAGAGUUUGUGGAGGACCAGUGGAGAGCUGUUGCUCAGGAUGCAGCUGCUGUUGUCGAGAGCAAAGAAGCCCAUCUGCAGCUGGUGCAUAACUUCUGUCAAAUUACUCAAGAAACCAAGACUAAAUUAGAAAGACUGGCAACUGAACUGGAUGCUGUAAGAAAUUCCCUGGCAGAGAGUAGCCACAAGAAGGCCGACCAGCUGAACUCCAUUAAGAGAGAUAUAGAAGAAAACAGGAGUGUCCUUGGGAAGUUACUUGGCAUCCACACAAAGCUGUAUCCCCUUCUUAGUUGCUCUAAUCAAGCAACUGCAAAAAUUCAGCUUCAGACUUUACAUCAUGAAUGGAGAGACCUGGAGACAGUUCUAGAGAAGACCUUGCAUCAUACUGAUAUUCAGUCCCAAAAUGCCAGCAGCCUUUUGCUGGAGUUGUCAUAUCUGCGGGGACAUUUAGAAUCAAUCGGUGAAGAACUUGAAGCCAAAUAUCCGAGUAGCCAAGUAUGCCAGUGGGAUUACAAGAAGGCGCAGCAGUUUUUGAUGGCACAUGCCGAGGUUAAAGCUGCUAACGUGACAUAUCUCCAUUUGAAAGAAAAGUCGCAGGCACUACUUCUAAGUUUAUGGCCAAAAGAAACCGCAGAGAUAAACAAAGGUCUGCUGAAUGUCAAAGACCAAGUUUGUCUAACAGAAGAGUGGAUGUCCUCUCAAAUUCAGAAAAGCAGUAAUCCUAUAAUGGAGCAAGUGAUGACAGUGGCGAGGGAUGGGCUCACUUGGGCCAAGCAGAUUGAGAGUGAUCUUGAUGGCAGGCGAAAGACGGUACCACUGCGCCCUGAGGCGGUUCACCGGCAACUCAGGGAUCUAAAAAGGCUGCAGUCUGAGGUCACAAUCAAACACAGUCAACUAAAAAUACAGGUAAAAGAGGUAGCAGGUUACCUACCACAGCUGGACCCAGCCGAGGAGAUACCUGUGGUUCAGUCUUUGCUGGACUAUCUAAAAGAAUGUUCAAAGUCAAUCACUGAGAAGUUAUCCAAAGCCAUGAAGGACACAGAAUCCGGUCUGCAGAUCAGGGAAAAUCUAUUUGAACAGAUUGCAGAUCUAGACACCUGGGUUGGGACACAUCUGCAAAGAGUCACAGCCAAAAGCAUAGGUGGGGAAUGCAUUUGUCCUGCUGAGAUUGAGAUCCAAGAAACGCUUGUUGAAGCUAAAACGCAGUCUGCUCUCUGCAAUGCCCUUUUAAAUAAGAGUAAAGACAUUUGCUCUGAGCUUAGCAUCACUGAGAAUUGCCAGCUUUUUGACAAGAUUAAAGACCUACAAAAAGAUAUCGACAUGAUCAGCAGCUAUGAAAAGUCUAAUAAAAAUGAACUAGAAGAACAUAUGCAAUAUUUGGAGUCAAACAAGCAACAGCUAGCCACUAUUGAAAAAAACCUGAGGGAAAUGCAAGUAGACUUGGGAAAAUUCAGGUUCCCUAUCACAAUAGAAUCCCUGCAAGUUUUGGAACCUUUCAAUCAAUUGCUUUUGGAACAGAAGUCACAGAUUGACAUUCUCCAAUCCCGGAUUCCACAAGAAAAGACAAUCGAACUAUAUUCAGGCACUGCUGCAAUUCACAACCUAAUGACUAGUCUACAAAUGAAGGCCAGAAAUCAUGAAAGGUACCUCAACCUGAGGCAACGUGCCGAAGACAUUAAAGAGGCUAUUGAGGAACAGGUCAACCAGACCAAUGAAGAGAGCAGAGAGGUGGCAGAGAAGUAUAAGAUCUGUCAAAAGCUUAUUUUCCAGUUCCCGCUGAUAAAAAAGCUAUGUGACGAGGCUGGAUCUGAACUCCAGAUGAUCCUGGCUGACCUAUACCCUUCACAACUGAGCUCAGAGCAACAGAGACUUCAACAACUUGAGGAAAGCUUCAAAAUCUUGGAGAUGAAAACCCUCAACGAUAUCAGCCUUUUUGAGUGGAGUCUACUGAAAGAAGUGGAUCUGGUCACAGAGAGAAACGCCACACAAGCCUUGUUCAGAGAGGCUCUCCUGGAGCUCCAAAAACCCCCACUGAUGGAGCCGAACGAGAGAUCCAUUGAUAAGGAAUACCAGAGGAUAAUGUUUCUGAAAAAAACUGUUGAGUCAAGAAUGAGAGCCUUGGAGGUUUUAGAGCAGAACAAAGGACACAAGGACGGAACCAACACUUUAGAUCUUGAACACUUGAAGAAGGACGUUCUACGUGAAUGUGACUCACAAAUGGACAAUAUCUCUGAUGCAAGGAUUUCUCUGAAGAACUACAUCUCUACUGUAAAACAAACACGAAAAUUCCUGAGGGACUCUGAGGUCUUUCUGCUACCCCUUCCUGGCUCAGCUGGAGUCUGUUGUGAAAAGUUGGAGGUGACCCAACAGGUGUUGGCCUCCCUGGAACACAACAUCCAGACUUACAUUGACCAUCUGAAAGGGGAAGAGACCCUGCAUCCUUACUUGUCCCUUGUGGAGGUAGAGCAACUCAAAGAGGCCAUUCUGAGCCAGUUCCUGGUAAGGAUUUCCACACUUAAGGCAAAGGGCUUUCUACAUUUGGAGAAUCUUACAAGCUGUGCUGAGAAUUACAGAAAUUAUACUAAAUUUAAUGAAGACAUCAGUCUGAGUGUAAGGAACACAGAGGGGAGCCUUGCACAGGUGGUCUCGCAGAAGGUCAACUCUCUGGCUGACUGUAGUGAACAGUUAGCUAAAGUUGUGGCAUUGCAAGAGGAGCUGGAUUGUCUGCAAAAACAUCUGGAAGAGGUGGUGGACUGGUGUCCGGAGCAGAGUUGCCGUGGACAACGGGAAACCUCAAUGGCCGCCGUAUGGAGACGCAUAGUAUCACUCCGCCAUUGCUUUCAGCAGCUGACUCCUAGACUUAAACAAAUACUUGUAGAAUGGAGUGACAUCACCUGCAGUGUGGAGAAAGCGUCCGCUUUACUGCAGCAGGUUGAGGCGGAGCUCCCUAAGCCUGCCCCGUUGAUUGCAUCUACCAAUGAGCUUCAUGAUCUGCAGCAGUUCUGGGAACAAUACCAGGACAGGCUGGACUGUGAACACCGCUCUCUUUCUGCCCUUGAGUUACGCAUUGCCAGGCUGCUGCGUAUCCCUGCCAAUGUGGAACAGGCUCCGCCCGCUCCACUCUGUCAGCAGCUCCAAGCAAUGCAGGCCAGGUACAAUAGUGUAAAGCAGACCAGCCGCGAGGGUUUGGGGUUCAUCAAGCUGGAUCUAGAGGAGAAAGAAAAAGUGCAGGAGGAGCUGCAGGUCGUUUGGGUCUGGUUGACGGCUGCUGACAGUCUGUUGUCAGAGAUGGACCCAAGCAGCAACACAGCAAAGCUGAAGGAGAUCCAUUGCCAGUUGUGCAUCCAGAAGGCUUUGGUCCAUCGCAUCAUGGAACGUAUAAAUACAAAAUACCCAGAGACUGUGCCAGCCGAGAUCGGUGGCCAACUGCAGGAGAUUCAAAAUACUUUACAACAAGUCGAAGUCAAGGUGCAAGAGGCAAUAGAAAAGAGUGACCCUGUGCACAGAAUCGGUGCAAAGCUGCUGGAAACCCACACUGGCUUGAGUUCAGUGCGGCAAAGGCUGCAAGAGAAAAGUUCUACUGUAACAGACGCAAAGCUUACUCAGAAGCUGGUAUGGGACCAGUUGGACAGAUGGCACUCAAAUGUGGCAGCGCUGGAAGCUGAUAUGCGGACCCUGGAGAGCCCACAGGAGGCGUUGUCCCUCGCAGAGAGACUAACGGAGGUGCACCAGCUCUAUGGUCAUCUAGCCAAGCAGGCGGAGCAUAAGACCACUCUCCUCAGCAAGAUGCAGACGUGGCUUCAGGAGCAUCAAGAAAUGAUCAACAGCUCCGAGAGUUGGAUGGCGCAGGCUCAGUCUUGGCUUGCCGCUCCUCGCACUUACACCACAGCUAAAUGUCUGAGCGACCACGUUCAAGCUCUGCAGACGGUCUUAAAAGACUCAACGCAGAUCCGCACCACUUUGCAAGGUUUUAGUUCAGUCCUGGACGAAAUGUCUCAAGUGGUGGACGUGUCAGCUCUCCGGGAACAGCUCUCCCAAGCCGACCGCCAAGUGGCCGCCGUUCAAGACAGCUUUGCAGCUCCUUUGUCUCGACUCCAGCAAGCCACCUCCGAGGUGGAAGUGAUCGAGACCGAGGUCAGGGAGAUGGAGAGCAACGUUGCUGAGAUCAAGAGUAUUUUAUCUUCUCCAGAGACGCUGCCCAGCCCCAAAGAGAGACGUCUCAAGGUGGUGGAACAGAAGAUCCACUCCAUGAGGAGCAGCAUCGCGGACAUCCAGAAGGCAAAACCGGAACUUCAUCUUCCAGAGAAGGCUGAGGAGACGCUGACCGUCUUCAGUGUCAUUGAGGAGCUGCAGAAUUUGCUGCUAGAACUGGAGAAGAAAGUCCCAGCUCUCUUCAUCCAGCAGCUUCCCACGUCACUCCAAGUCCCGAAGACCACAUCCCAAGCAGGAUCCAGCACGGAGGAAGCUGAGGAGAACGCCGAGCAGGGCCAAGUCAUGAUCGCCCAUGUCGAGGAUGACGCGCUGCGACUCUCAGGAGCUGCGUUGUUGACGGUGGAAAGAGCGACGCCCGAGCAGAGACUGUCAGAGACCGCUGACAGCCCGACGCGGCAAGGCGCUGGCGGCGAGGAGGCCUGUCAGGAAGUGGGAGGGCAGGAGCAGAGAGUGAAGGGAGGUGGAGGAGGUGUUGUGUGGUGGCUCUGGGAUGCUCUCCUGGGUGGUUCUUCUGAGCAACCGGACGCCCCUGAAAAGAGAGAAGCUUCCGGGGAAGAAAGCGCAGAGCUGGCGUCGCUAGAUGACACCCAGGAUGUGCUUGGCGCCGCCGCUGACGAGCGUUCUCUCGAGGACCGGCCGGAGGCGCGGGACGUGGAGAGCGAGAGCGCCGACGAGAGAAUGGUAAACACGUCCUCCUCCACCGCAAACCUCCCCAAAGCUCAGCAGAGAUGUGUGCUCUCGGGCCCCCGGCCCACUCCCCCUAGGCUCCGCCCCUCGGAGGGAGCCCUCCACGCGGGCCUGGAGCGGGUCGAGCAGCUGGAGCGCUGGCUGCACGCGGCGCUCGCACGUCUGGAGGCAGGCGGCGUCGACAUGCAGGACGGCGUGGAGCGACAACUCCUCACCUGCCAGGAGAUGUUCCUGGAGAUCGAGCAGCAGGUGUCCAUCCUGCCCCAGCUGGGUCUCACGGAGGCCCCGCGGCCCCGCCAAACGGGGCCGGAGUCCGCCGCCGAGUCCCAGCGGGAGGCGGCCGAGCUGCUGGCGUCCAAACUGGGAGUCCUCAAGUCCAACCUGAUAUCCUUCCAGACGCUGCUGCAGGACAAGCAGGGAGACCGGAGGAGGCUCGCCCACAAGGAGACGCCAGAGAAGGUGGAGCGCCCCCUGGCGGCCAGGCUCAGACGCAGCAGCAGCGUCCAGGAGGUCUUCUCCUCGCCGAGAAACAAGCUUCUGCGUCAGAGCAGCCUGCAGCAGCAGAAGGACUUGGAGCAGCAGCUGAGCGAGCAGCGAGAUCUGACCCAGGCCAUCGCCAGCGCUCGCCGCCCCAGCCACCAGCCCCGGAACCAGGUCCCGCCGUCGCCACGGAGGUGUCCCGCCGAGGACGAGGACCACGGCGCCGCUGAGACGUGGGACGGCCUUCACGGUCGCCUGCUGGCUGUGGAGGAGAGCUGGCUGCUUCCUGCCUCCGAGGUGACAAACUCAUCUGCCAGGAGUCGGGACGGAGCAGCGGGACGCCUUAAAGAGCUUCACGCUCACGUCGGACGCCUCCGAGAUCUGGGACGGUCGGCCGAGACGACAUCAACUGUGGACACCCCCCUUGAGGAGGACGUGCUUCACGUACUGCACGAGCUCUGCCACUUCCUGUCCUCCAUCAACCAUACGCCGCACUCGCUGGAGGAACUUGUGCACGAAGACCACCAGAGACCAGUCCACCUGCAGACUCUGGCCGCGGACCUGUCCGCCCUUCAGAGCGAGUUGGCGACGGUGAUGCGCGUCCUGGGGUCCACGGGUGUCCGGCAGUGCGUGGACGUCCUCUGCAGGAUCCUCCCGGCGAUGCGGGCGGCGGUGAUCAGCCGAGAAACGGAACUUGAAAAGCUGCGAGAGCAAAAGUCUACGCAACAGGUUGCGACCUCCAUGCAGGAGCCGGCUGACUGUGUGGACCCCGAGUCGGAGGCGACCGCGCCGCAGGGGGAAGUCCGCGGCGGUCCGCGUGGCGCUGCGUCCGGCGUUCGCUCCUUCGGCGAGGAGCCGGUGAGGAGCGGCGAGGAGCCGGUGAGGAGCGGCGAGGAGGCGCUGAAGCACUGCGAAAGGCUGGUGUGCAGCAGCAAGGAUUUGCUCGCUCUGGCCUCUGAACACCUGGAGCAGAACCUGCGGCUCCAGACCAGGACUCGUUUACAGCAGCAGCUCUGCGGUCACACGAGGUUCUUCAGGUUCCUGAGCCAACAUUUACACAACCUGCAGUACCUGUGCCAGAGAGUUCCAGAGAGCGCCCUCCAGAGGUGGGAGGGUGUGAUGCGGGACGUUCAGGACAAGGCCCUCCCGCUGCAGACGCAGGCAUUGGAGAAAGGAGUUAGCAUGGAACAACUCCUACAGAUGUGGUCACGGUGGGAGGACGACGCUGCCUGGUGCCAGUCCCUGCUGAGGGGUCUUGAAACGUCAUUUCCCGGGACGCACCUGAGGAUGGACGCAUCGAGGCUGCUGUGUGUCUACCAGGAGCUGCGCUCGGUUCUCGAAAGGAACGCCGCUCGCUUCGGUCGGACUUUGGAGGCGGGGCUCAAGCUCCAGGAGGAAGCCUGCCAGGGAGUGGGCGUGGCCCGCAGUCAGCUGGAGGCCCGUUGGAGAGGUAUUGAGAAGAGGCUGAAGAUAGGCAGCGCCAACGUGGAGAGGAGGAGCAAGCUGAGGGACAGCUUUCUCUGCGACUCCGCCGCACUCACUGCCUGGAUGGGCGGGGCCAGGCAGUCGAUUGACAGGUGGGCACUGCUCGUGGUCUCGGCCGCUGCGGACGACAUAGGCGGCGAGCAGAGGCGGGAGGAGUACCGUCGCUUUGUGACGCUGAGCAAGGAGCUGGAAGACCAAAGUGGACUCAAGGCCACACUUGUCAGCACCGGCGCCCAGUUGGCGGAGCUGAGCCAAGACGAUGAAGACUGUGAUGAAGAUCCAGAGGCCCAAGAGUCCACCUCGGACCUCCAUCUCGAUUGGAUCAGGGCCCAGCUCGGACAACUGGAACAGGACUGGUCCGGUCUGUUGGCGGAUGUCCCCGUGGUCCAACAGGCUCUGCACAAGUGGAGGUUGGAGACUGUGAGCCACCAGGAGGCGCUGCUGGAGUUGCUGGCCUGGCUGGAGGAGGUGGAGUCCAGACUGGAGGAGCAACGCAGCCGUAUGGAAGCAGUUUCCUGCACCAGCCCGGACCUCAGACAGCUUUUGAAUUACUGCAAGGAGUGUCAGGUGGAGAUGUCAGCCAAUCAGGGCACACUGGACCACGCCAGCCAGCCAUCAAAGACCUGCACUACCACGGAGGGCCAGAGGGGGUGCUAUGAAGACAACCAGUUCGCAGAGGACCAGGGUCUCCUCAACAGUCGCUGGCUGACUUUGCAGACGACGCUGAACUCUCAGGUCCACGAGCUGGAGGAGGAGUUGAGGAGCAGGACUGAGCAGGAAGUCGGUCUCCAGCGGAUCACCAGCUGGAUCACUGAGCAAAACCUCUGGAUGGACUCGGCUCGGACCCCUCGCAGCCUGGCGGAGCUUCAGCGCAGCGUAGAAACCUGCCAGAACCUCGAGGAGCAGAUCAGGCUGAGGAGUGCGGCUCUGCGGGAGCUCACCAACAAACACGGCGGCCGCUUCACAAGUCAGGCUGAUCGAUCCAGCGCGGCCUGCGCCGCGCUCGCACAGCAGAGUGACACCGUGAAGAGCGGUCUGCUUGAGGCCAGGCGGCUGUGGCUCUCGGCGGACCACGCGCUGCAUCACAUGGGGCGGAGGCAGGUGACGACGUCCCACAUGUUGGAGCUUCUCCACGGCCCUCGACUCUCCCUGCAGGCCCACGGAGACCUCCUGCGUCAGCUGGAGAGUCUUCGCGAGGAGAUGGAGACUCCAGAGUGGGACCAGAUCAAUCAAACCUUCUCCUCUCUUCAACGCCUCAUCCACCCGGCCGCAGCCUCCAUCCUGAAUGAGCAGCUGACCCGCCAGAGAGACAGUUGGGAGAGCGCGUCUGCGUCGUUGGACCAGCGCCUCCAGAGGAGCCGUGCCAUCCUAUCAGCUUGGCACGUCUACGCCCAGAGUGCCGCCGUCUUCUCACAGCGUCUGAAGGAUGUGCAGAGGGACGCCACGCGCACCCAGAGUGCGGUCAGACCAGACAGCACUGUGGACAACAUUGCUGACGACGUGCGCCAAGUUCAGACUCUGUGCCAGCGAGCCGAGGCUUUGCAGUUUGACCUGCAGGGAGUGCUGGAGAUCUCCAAGGACCUGAUUGGUCGCCUGGAGCCCCCGGCUGCGGCUCUGGUCCAAUCGGAGGGCAGGUUGCUGUCACGCAGCGUUCUGCAGCUGAGCGAGAUGCUGGCCGCAAAGCAAACAGAGCUGCAGGAGGAGCUGACCACACUGCAAGAGGUCAGCAGCCUUCUGGACAUGCUGGAGUCCAAACUGGAGCGCUGGCUGCAGCGCCUGGAAGACCAGGACCGCCCGGUCGAUCAGUCUGGCUACCUGGAGCUCGGCUCUCUGACCGCCCACCUGGACGUGCUCAACGAGCUGAGCCGCGGCCUCACGCUGGGCGACUGCGCCGCGCGCCGCCUGCAGCGCCUCAACCGCCGCUGGGGCGACGCCUCCUCGCGAGCCGAGGAGGCCUGCAGUGAGUUGCAGACGGAGGCGCUGAGGCAGCAGACGUUCGAGCAGAAGUGCGAGAGCUGGAUGGCGUUCCUGCAGAGCAUGGAGGACCGGCUGGCCGUGGACGUGCCGGGCUCGUACGAUGGCCUCAGGGAGCAGCUGUGCACCCACAAGCGCUUCCAGGUGGAGCUGUCCGUGGGCCACCAGAUCCUCCAUUCCGUCAUCGCCGACGCUCUGCGCCUGCUGCAGAGAGGAGAGGUGGACGACAGGAGCGACUUCAUCCUGAAGCUGAGCCAGCUGAGGGAGCACUGGCACGGCGCCGUGCGGCGGGGCGACCAGCGGCGCUCCCUGGUGGAGGGCCUGGUCAAGCAGUGGCACCUGUACCGCCGCAGCUUGAGGAAGCUGCAGCGCUUCCUCUCCGACACCCGGAGUCUGCUGCCGCUCGCCGGGCCGCCCCGAUGCAGCCUGCAGCAGCUGCGGCGCUGGCUCCAGGACCUCCAGCACACCGAGCUGCUCUUCCAGAGGCACCAGUGCGGCUUCCUCCACACCCUGGAGGUGGGCCGCCAGCUCUUCUCCAUGGCUGACCAGGAAACCCAGAACCGGAUCCAGACGGACCUGGGAGCGCUGCAGGAGGAGUGGGACAACCUCCACGGUCUGCUGAGCCGCAGGGUGGACCUCGCCCAGGCCAUCGUGGAGAACUGGCAGCGCUGCGAGGCGGGACUGACAGACAAAAUGCUGCAGCUGAAGGACAUGAAGACCAGACUCAACCAGUCGCUGCCAGAGUGCGAUGACGGCAACAAGGAGAGCGAGGACCCCCUGGAGGACUGGGCGGAGAGCCUGAGAGAGCUGAGCACCAUGAAGACGGACCUGAGCCAGUACAUCAUGGCCGACGACGUGCUGCUGCUGGAGGAGCAGGUGAAGCACCUGCACUGCCAGUGGGAGGAGCUCUGCCUGAAGGUGUCGCUGCGCAAGCAGGAGAUCGCCGACCGCCUCAACGCGUGGGUCAUCUUCAACGAGAAGAACAAGGAGCUCUGCGAGUGGCUCACGCACAUGCAGGACAAGGCGGAGCACGCCUCCGACCUCAACAUCGAGGAGAUGGUGGAGAAGCUGAAGAAGGACUGCAUGGAGGAGAUCAACCUGUUCAGUGAGAACAAAACCCACCUGAAGCAGCUGGGGGAACAGCUCAUCAGCGCCAGCGACAAGACCAAGCAGAGCGACGUCAACGACAAGAUAAACAACGUCAACGACCGCUGGCAACAUCUGUUCGACCACAUCGAGGCCAGGGUGAGGAAGCUGAAGGAGACGCUGGCGACGGUGCAGCAGCUGGACAAGAACAUGAGCAACCUGCGCACCUGGCUGUCUCGCGUAGAGACCGAGCUGUCCCGGCCGCCCGUCUACGUCGUCUGCCACGGCGACGAGAUCCAGAGGAAGCUGGCCCAGCAGCAGGAAUUGCAGCGAGACAUCGAGCAGCACACGGAGAGCGUGACGUCGGUGUUGACGCUGUGCGACGUCCUGCUGCGCGACGCCGACGCCUACGGCAGCGACUCGGAAAACGACUCCAUCCUGCAGACCACCAGCAGCCUGGACCGCCGCUGGAGAAACAUCUGUGCCAUGUCCAUGGAGCGGAGAAUGAGGAUCGAAGAGACGUGGCGUCUCUGGUGCAAGUUCCUGGACGACUACGCUCGCUUUGAGGACUGGCUCAAGGCGUCCGAGCUGACGGCGGCCAACCCCGAUUCGGCUGACGUCCUCUACACCAGCGCCAAGGAGGAGCUGAAGAAGUUUGAGGCCUUCCAGCGACAGGUCCACGAGCGUCUGACUCAGCUGGAGCUGGUCAACAAACAGUAUCGCCGCCUGGCCCGGGAGAACCGCACGGACGCCGCCAGCAAGCUCCGCCUCAUGGUGGCUGAGGGCAACCGGCGCUGGGACGGCCUGCAGAGGCGCGUGGCAGCCGUGCUGCGCAGACUCAAGCACUUCACAUCUCAGAGAGAAGACUUCGAGGUGACCCGUGACGGAAUCCUGGUCUGGCUGACAGAGAUGGACCUCCAACUUACCAACGUGGAGCACUUCUCUGAGAGCGACGUCGAGGACAAGAUGAGGCAGCUCAUCGCGUUCCAGCAGGAGAUCACGCUCAACGCCAACAAGAUUGACGCCCUCAUCGUGUCCGGGGAGAACCUGAUCCAGAAGAGCGCUCCUCUGGACGCCGUGCUGAUCGAGGACGAGCUGGAGGAGCUCCACUCGUACUGCCAGGAAGUUUUUGGACGUGUGGCCCGUUUCCACCAGCGCCUGGUCCACAGACGCCCGAUGCUGGAGGAGGAGAGGGAGCUGUCUGACCCGGACAACUCACCUGAGCCCAGCAGCGUCCCUUCCUGGAGGGACACUUUUAGGAAAGACAGCACCGGGCGUCAGACCACGUGUCGUCUCCUGGUGGAGCACUCCGGGAGAGAGACCCCCGUCAGCGUGGACUCCAUCCCACUGGAGUGGGACCACACGGUCGAUGUGGGCGGGUCUUCUUCGCACGAGGACGACGAGGAUGCUCCCUUUUUCAGCGCCCUGUCAGUGACAUCUGCUCGCCACGCACCAAGCUGGCACCAAUCCAGAGAAGCGCCGUCUUUUCCUCUGCCCGCCGCCGCCGCCGCCGCCGCCUGCUUCCACCAGCAGGGCUACGUAAAGCUGAUGUCCGACUGCAGCGGCAGCAUCGACAGCGUCAAAAAAGUCCAGCUGAUCCUCAACGACGGCGAGGAGGGACCGGAAGCUACCGGUCUAACGAGUAGCACCGCCCACAAACACACGGGCGGUGUGUGUGCAGGUGUGAUGGAGCGCUGGGAAGUUGUCCAGGCUGAGAAGGUGAGCGAGGGGGCGGACACUGAGCAGGGCCUGCAGCAGUGGCGCCGGAUCCACGCCGACCUCGCCGACGUCACUUCCUGGCUGGCCGCCGUGCUUCCUGAGCUGGAGAGGCUGCAGAACAUCACGCCGUGCACCAGUGUGGACGACUUUGGACUUAACGUCCGCACUCUCAAGGACAUGCAGAGGACCUUCGGCGGCUACAAGCGCGUGCUGAUGUCCCUCAACCUCAGCACGCGCCACUUCCCGCCAGCCGACAGCGUGGAGUCGCGGGAGCUGAAGGCGGCGCUGAGCUCGGCCAAUCGGGGCUGGACGCAGGCGUGCGGCGCUCUGGCGCGUUGGGAGGCCACGCUGCACGCCGCGCUCAUGCAGUGUCAGGAGUUCCACCAGACGCUGCACUCGCUGCUGGCGUGGUUGGCUCAGGCGGAGGGCAAACUGGGCGACAUCGGCGCACGGCGGCACGAUGUGUCGCACGCCGUCCGGAUGGAACAACUGCACGCACUCACGGCCCUCCAGGAGGAAAUGAGCGCCCGGCAGUCUGAGGUGUGGUCCCUGCAGGCCGUGGCCACGCAGCUCCUCCUGGAGGCCGAGGACAGCCUGGAGGCCAAGGAGAAAGUCCACAUCAUCGGCAACAAGCUGCGUCUCCUCCUGAGGGAUGCCCACGCGCUCCACGCCGCCAUGCGGCAACACCCGGGGGAAGAGGAGGGAGCAGCAGGACAAGGAGAGACACACCCGAGAAGACGAGAGACCCCGCCACCUCGCCACUUCCUGUCCCGCGUGCUGCGGGCGGCUUUCCCGCUGCAGCUUCUUCUGCUGCUGCUGCUGGCGCUGGCCUGCUUGGUGCCGCCGUCCUCCGACGACUCCAGCUGCACGCUGAGCAACAACUUCGCCCGCUCCUUCUACCCCAUGCUGAGCUACACCAACGGACCGCCCCCCACAUGAGUAAAAUAUUCUUUAUCCACCGCUGGGAAGCCAUAAAGACAUACUUGCCAACCCUCCCGAUUUUCCCGGGAGACUCACGAAUUUCAGUGCCCCUCCCGAAAAUCUCCCGGGGCAACCAUUCUCCCGAAUUUCUCCCGAUUUCCACCCGGACAACAUUAUUGGGGGCGUGCCUUAAAGGCACUGCCUUUAGCGUCCUCUACAACCUGUCGUCACGUUCGCUUUUCCUCCAUACAAACAGCGUGCCGACCCAGUCACAUAAUUUAUGCGGCUUUUACACACACAUAAGUGAAUGCAGGGCAUACUUGGUCAACAGCCAUACAGGUCACACUGAGAGUGGCCGUAUAAACAACUUUAAAUCUGUUACAAAUAUGCGCCACACUGUGAACCCACACCAAACAAGAAUGACAAACACAUUUCGGGAGAACAUCCGCACCGUAACACAACAUAAACACAACAGAACAAAUACCCAGAACCCCUUGCAGCACUAACUCUUCCAGGACGCUACAAUAUACACCCCCCACCCCCAUCUCCCAAAUUCGGAGGUUUCAAGGUUGGCAAGUAUGCAUAAAGACUACGCUACAUUUUAUUUUCAACGUUUUUUGUUUUUGUUUUUACGAAACAUACGUUUUUUUUGUGUGUGUAAAUCGUCACUUUUGCGACGAGCCAACGUGGAACUCUUGAAUGUCGCACAUAGCGACGUCGUGCUCGAAUACGACUUUGUUGCUGUG